AUGGCUACUGCAGCGCCGGAUAUACCAGGCAUUCCGGACAAGGAGCCUAUGCCUGCCAUGUCUCCGCAGGACGAGUCGCAAUCCCUGCGAACAUGGUUGGCAGAGGAGCUGGCAAGGCAGAAUAUCGCCAUCUGCCAGCACUUGGACAAGGUCUUGGAGAAGCAAGCGAAGAGCCAACAGAGUGCGAUGGAAGCGCUCACAGCGAAGUUUAGCACGGCUCACAGCGAUCUCCGAAUGGCUGGUUUGGCUUUUGCGCCACCUCCUGAUGCAAAGCUAGUGGUACCAUCAGGGAUGAAUGAGCCCCCGCCAGUGCCGAACUCUACGUCCAGAAGAAGCAACUCUUCAGACACAUCCAGCCUGGGUACCGCAUCCACGGAAAGCCGGGAGGUGUCUGGCGAGAACCGACGCCCAUCAAGGAUGGAAAAGGCAUGGCAGGAGGCUCAGGAAAAGGACAAGAAGGAAAAAAUGGAUCCUGCUCUGGGCAACACCUACAGCAGGCUGGUCACCCGGGUCGAAAUCGACUUCAAAGAGUCGGUGGUGGACUCCGUGGUUAGUUUUUUGGUAGUCCUCUAUACCUUCAUCCUUCUCCUCCAGACUCAGUGGAGAGGUUCCCAGGCCGCCGUAAUCCUGGGCCUCCAAGCGCCAGACUCAGAGUCUUGGCCUGGCGCAGAGAUGGCCUUCUUUAUAGUUGAUCACGUGUUCAACGCGAUCUUCGUGCUGGAGAUUGCGUGGCGCCUGUACACGCACAAGCUUCAAUUUCUUUGUGACAUAUUUGGUGUGUUCGACGUGCUCGUCGUCAUUGCCACGAGUAUCGAUGUCUACGUGCUGCAGCCCUUUGACGCUGGCUAUGCGCAAAACUUCGCCGUCGGGCGACUGACUCGCAUCUUCCGCCUGAUGCGAAUCUUCAGGGUUCUUCGAGUCAUGCGCUUCGCCAAGAAUCUGCAGCAGCUCCGGCUGCUUGGAGACGUCCUCUCCAAAUGCCUCAGCCCCUUGAUGUGGGCACUGUUGGUACUUGGGAUCAUCAUGGUUGGCACGGGUGUCCUGAUGUCGCAGCUGCUUGUUGAGCAUGUCCUCGACACUACAGCAGACGAAGAACACCGGAUGUGGGUCUACAACUACUACGGCAACGCGCUGAAAGCCACGUACUCCGUUUUCGAGGCGACCUUCUCGGGCUCCUGGCCUUUGUUGGCGCGGCCUUUGAUCCAUGAAGUGAGCGAGUGGUUUUGCGUUUUCUGGAUUGCGUAUCAAGUCGUCAUUGGUUUCGCCGUGAUGCGCGUCAUUGGCGCCUUGUUCCUUAACGAGACGAUUCGCGCUGCCAACUCGGAUGGCGAGGCGGAGGUACUCCGAAAAAUGAAGGAGAAGGAAGCCUUCAGCCAGAAGGUCUACCAAUUCUUCACCGCUGCCGACGCAUCAGGCGACGGGCGGCUCUCCUACGAGGAGCUGGAGGCAGCGCUGCAGGAGCCGGGUGUGGAAGCGUGGCUCAAGGCGUUGGAGCUGGAAAUCCAUGAAGCCUAUACCUUGUUUAGCCUGCUGGAUGAUGAUCGAGAUGGAGAAGUGUCCUACGAGGAGUUCCUUCACAGCGCGCUUCGGCUGAAGGGAAACGCCAGGGCCAUCGACUCCAUCAUGAUCAUGCAUGAGCAGUAG